AUGGGAAAUGAGACAAAGAGCAACGGAGGUUCGAACAUGGGAGGAGGAGGAGGAGGAGGAGGAUUCAGGGCAAAGAUGGAGCACUAUGUCUACAGUGGUGAAAAGAAGCAUGUUUUGGCUGGGAUUGGGAUAAUCACCAUCAUCUUUGGGAUCCCUUGGUAUCUCAUGAAUCAAGGAUCAAAGCAUCGGUCGCACCAAGAUUACAUGGAAAAGGCUGAUAAAGCUCGUAAAGCCCGUCUUUCUUCCUCUGACAAGUAGUUCUCUCCAACCUCAUCUUCUUCCCCACUUGGAGACCUUUUUGCAAACUCAAGUUAGAUAUGUGUCCUGGAUGAACGAGGGGUUUUCAUGUCAAUACAAACAUAGCUCAGUCAUGUCUGAGACAGUGUUGUUUUAGUGUUCAGAUACGUUUCAUUUCAUUGUACUGAAGUUUCUGUAUCAAAUAAGUAAAAGUUUUCCCAAAG